AAACAAACCCAUAUAGGUUAGCAUUAAUAAAAAUAAUUUUUUAAAAAUAAAGAAGGUAAAAUGGCCGGCUUUGGGUUCGUCGGCCACACGACCGAAAUAUUGAUUAAAAUUGAGGAAGAUCGAAAUUGGCGCCCCUUGCUUUCCUGUCGUGAUUCCCUGUAAGCAUCCAAUCCCCAAAAUUUCUCCGAGCAAUUUUGACCCAGAUUUGGAAGCCGGAAAAACACAAAGGAGCUUUGCUCAGUUAACGUCGUCAUGUCGGCGCGUAGAAGAACAUUGCUUAAGGUCAUCGUCCUCGGCGAUAGUGGGGUCGGUAAAACUUCAUUGAUGAAUCAAUAUGUUCAUAAGAGGUUCAGUCAUCAGUAUAAAGCCACGAUUGGUGCUGAUUUUGUAACAAAGGAGCUCCUAAUUGAUGAUCGGCUUAUUACUCUACAAAUUUGGGACACGGCUGGGCAAGAGAGAUUUCAGAGUCUAGGAGUUGCGUUUUACAGAGGGGCAGAUUGCUGUGUUCAGGUCUAUGAUGUCAAUGUAAUGCGAUCUUUUGAUAACCUUGACAAUUGGCAUGAAGAAUUUCUCAAGCAGGCUAACCCAUCUGACCCGAAGACAUUUCCUUUUAUUUUGUUGGGAAACAAGGUCGAUAUAGAUGGUGGAAAUAGUCGAGUGGUUUCUGAAAAGAAAGCCCAGGAGUGGUGCACUUCCAAAGGGAAUAUACCUUACUAUGAGACAUCUGCAAAAGAGGAUUUGAAUGUAGAUGCUGCAUUCUUUUGUAUUGCAAAAACUGCUUUAGCCAAUGAGCAUGAGCAAGAUAUAUACUUCCAGGGACUUCCUGAGGCCAUUUCAGAUACUGAGCAAAGAGGUGGUUGUGCAUGCUAAUUUCAAGGGUGGUGAUCAAUUUUGGAGCAUUUUUUUUUUCCUCUUGCAACCUAAUCUUUCCAGUAACACUGUCCAUUCAUUUUUGUACUCACUGUACACUAAGCUCUUGAGAUUUGACCCUUUGCUUAACUACUACUGUAUUGUUGUUUCCUCAUAGAGGCUCAGGAACUCACACCCCCCACAUACAUUUGCAGCCUGGAUUGACUGCUUGUAUUUCAUUCUUAACCUCUCAUAAUAAUUUUAAUUUGGCUGUUAUUUUUUUUCAAUUCUUGAAUCCUGGAAACCCUUCUUCUAACUAUGAAUGUAAUAGGCUUUGCCUCAGCUGUUACU